AAUGACAACAACAUGAAGCAAAUUGGGCAUGCCUGAGUAAUAAUUUUAAUAUUAAAUUGUUAUUAAUGUUCCCGCAAUACACUACAAAUUAUUUGAUAAUAAUCCUAAAUGAUGUUUCACAUAAAUGACAAAACCGUUAUGACGUUUAUUCUUUAAAUGAUGCGUCGCAUCUGCGUUAAACCGGACAUAGUCGUUCCGCGUUAUAAAUAGUUUCACCGCUGCCCUCCGAUCUCAUCCUCUGAUUGGCCACAAUGCCGGAAAUAUCGCCUCCGCUCCCUCCCGAUUGGCUGUCGCGGACUCACGUUCCCAUUCGUCCAAUGAGCGCCGCCCAUCCGAAAGACACAGUCGUGACCUCCUCCGUGUAUUCAACUCGACUGUGCAGCCAUGUUUCGCUCUUUUCGACGCGUCCAGCAGCUAAAGUGCAGCUUGCGGACUUUGCCCAGUGUCCGGCCCGACUGUAAGCUCCACAUAAACCAGUGCAGAAUGGCCAGCUCGGACUUCAGGAUCGAGCGGGACACGUUCGGCGAGCUCAAGGUCCCGGCCGACAAGUACUACGGCGCCCAGACCGUGAGAUCCACCAUGAACUUCAAAAUCGGCGGACCGUCCGAGCGAAUGCCACUGCAGCUCAUCCAUGCCUUCGGAAUCCUGAAGAAAGCGGCGGCCGAGGUCAACAAAGACUACGGACUCGACCCCAAAAUCGCCGAAGCCAUCUGCCAGGCGGCUGACGAGGUGGCGGCCGGGAAACUGGACGAUCAUUUCCCUCUGGUGGUGUGGCAGACCGGUUCCGGUACUCAAACCAACAUGAACGUCAACGAGGUGAUCAGCAACCGAGCCAUCGAGAUCCUGGGCGGAAAACUGGGCUCCAAGGACCCGGUCCAUCCCAACGACCACGUCAACAAGAGCCAAAGCUCCAACGACACUUUCCCCACGGCCAUGCACAUCGCCGCCGCCACGGAGGUCCACCAGGUUCUGAUUCCGGGCCUGCAGACCUUGCACGACGCACUGGCUACCAAGGCUGAAGAAUUCAAGGACAUCAUCAAGAUCGGUCGCACACACACGCAGGAUGCAGUCCCGCUGUCCCUGGGCCAGGAGUUCAGUGGCUACGUGCAGCAGGUGAAGUACAGCAUCGAGCGGGUGAAAGCUGCGAUGCCGCGCGUGUACGAGCUGGCGGCCGGUGGCACCGCUGUGGGCACGGGCCUCAAUACGCGCGUGGGCUUCGCCGAGAAGGUGGCGUCCUCGGUCUCCGCCCUCACCGGUUUGCCCUUCGUGACGGCGCCCAACAAGUUCGAGGCGCUGGCUGCGCACGACGCCCUGGUGGAGUUGAGCGGCGCCCUCAACACGGUGGCGGUGAGCGUGAUGAAGAUCGCCAAUGACGUGCGCUUCCUGGGCUCGGGCCCGCGCUCCGGCCUGGGCGAGCUCAUCUUGCCUGAGAACGAGCCGGGCAGCAGCAUCAUGCCUGGGAAGGUCAACCCCACGCAGUGCGAAGCCAUGACCAUGGUGGCCGCCCAGGUGAUGGGCAACCACGUGGCGGUGACCGUCGGCGGCAGCAACGGCCACUUCGAGCUCAACGUCUUCAAGCCCAUGAUUGCCAAGAACGUGCUGAACUCGGCGCGCCUGCUGGGCGACGCCAGCGUCUCCUUCAGCGCCAAUUGCGUGGCGGGCAUCCGGGCCAACACGCAGAGGAUCGAUAAGCUGAUGAACGAGUCGCUCAUGCUGGUGACGGCCCUCAACCCCCACAUUGGCUACGACAAGGCGGCCGCCAUCGCCAAGACGGCACACAAGAAGGGCUCCACGCUUAAGGCGGUGGCCGUGGAGCUGGGCUACCUCACCGAGGAGCAGUUCGACCAGUGGGUCAAGCCCAGUGAAAUGCUGGGACCCAAGUGAAGCGGGUCAAAGUUCAAGAAAGACACUUAAUUUAAUAGACAUGAAUCAUGGGAGAAGCGUCAUGGCUUAACUGGAAGGACUGUGGGGGAGCCAUUGUUGCAAAGGAAUUUGACAUCAUGUGCCAUCCUAAUUUGAUGUUUGUAUGGAUAACUAUGAUUUAUGAAUAAAAAAAGACUGAAACAA